GUGUGAUCAGUUUCAACCGCGUAGUGGGACUCGGCGAGACCUGAUGCACAAGUCAAGGCGACGCGCAGCGGACAUGAAGCCGGAUUGGCUCUGAUUUUUAAAAGCCCUUUCAUUCAAGAGGCUGACCAUUAUCAACAUGGCAGAACCGUCGGUUCCAGUACCCCCUCAAAAAAUGGCGUCACUUAGCCGGGUCCGAGCCUUUACUCUGAUUUUCUUAACUGCAAGCAGUUAUUUAAUUACUCCCACAAGUGGCAAGGAAGGAGGGGGAGAGGAGACGGUCAUCAUCGGGCUGAGACUGGAGGACACGGACGACAUUUCCUUCAUGGACAGGGGCUAUUUGCGGGUCAGUGAGAGGUCUCGGGUGAGACUGAGGGUGUUCGGGCAAAACAUUAACAACGAGACGUGGUCCAAAAUCGCCUUUACGGAACACGAGAGGAGUCGAGUGAUUGGCAACAUCGACAGCUCCUCGGGGGACAACAAGAGUCAGGAGGACACGUCGGGCUUGCAUCCCUGUGGCAUCAGGACUUCGGAUAUUCUCAUCUUGCCCAGCAUCAUUUUAAAUCGCAAGACGUCUGGCAUCGUGGAGAUCGAGGUCAAGCCUCUGCGCAAGACUGAGAGGAGCAAAGCGUACUACCUGUGCAUCGCCACUUCCACACCUGCCGCGGCGGGCGCGCACGACCCGUGGACGGAGAACACGUGGAUCUAUCACGAUGGAGAAGACACCAAAGUGAUCGUGGUGGAGGAGAAACGGUUUCUGCUCCCGUUCUGGCUCCAGGUCAUCUUCAUUUCCAUGUUGCUCUGCCUCUCGGGCAUGUUCAGCGGCUUGAACUUGGGUCUGAUGGCGCUGGAUCCCAUGGAGCUGCAGAUCGUCCAGAACUGCGGGACGGAGAAGGAGAAGAACUACGCCAGGAAGAUCGAGCCCGUCAGGAGCCAAGGAAACUACCUGCUUUGCUCGCUUCUUCUGGGGAAUGUUCUGGUCAACACCACCUUGACCAUCCUGUUGGAUGAUAUCGCCGGUUCUGGAUUGAUAGCUGUAGUGAUGUCCACCAUUGGCAUUGUCAUAUUUGGAGAGAUUGUGCCUCAAGCGAUAUGUUCACGACACGGUCUUGCUGUGGGUGCGAAUACAAUCUUCUUGACCAAAUUCUUCAUGCUGCUCACUUUCCCUGCGUCCUAUCCGGUAAGUAAACUGCUCGAUUAUCUCCUCGGACAGGAGAUUGGCACGGUGUACAACCGAGAGAAGCUCUUGGAGAUGUUGAGGGUCACAGAUCCCUAUAAUGACUUGGUGAAAGAGGAGCUGAACAUCAUUCAGGGCGCACUGGAGCUCAGGACUAAGACCGUGGAAGAUGUGAUGACCCCGUUGCGCGAUUGCUUCAUGAUCGCCGGCGACGCCACGCUCGAUUUCAACAGCAUGAGCGAGAUCAUGGAGAGCGGCUAUACGCGCAUUCCGGUGUUCGAGGGCGACAGGUCCAACAUCGUGGACCUGCUGUUCGUGAAGGACCUUGCGUUUGUGGAUCCCGACGACUGUACCCCGCUGAAGACGAUAACGAAGUUCUACAGCCAUCCCUUACAUUUCGUCUUCAAUGACACUAAACUCGACGCAAUGCUGGAGGAGUUCAAGAAAGGUAAAUCUCACCUGGCAAUAGUCCAGCGGGUUAACAACGAAGGAGAAGGCGACCCAUUCUAUGAAGUGCUUGGCAUUGUCACCCUGGAGGACGUCAUUGAAGAAAUCAUCAAGUCUGAAAUCCUGGAUGAGACAGACUUAUAUACCGAUAACAAAACAAAAAAGAAAAUCACCCAUCGAGAGAGGAAGCAGGAUUUCUCGGCUUUCAAGCACAUGGACAAUGAAAUGAAGGUUAAAAUAUCACCUCAGCUUCUACUGGCUACUCUGCGUUUCCUAGCAACAGAAGUAGAAGCAUUUAGUCCAAGCCAGAUGUCUGAAAAGAUCCUUCUCCGUCUCCUCAAGCACCCCAACGUCAUCCAGGAGCUCAAAUAUAAUGAGAAGAAUAAGAAGGCCAUCGAACAUUACCUCUUCCACCGCAACAAGCCCGUGGACUAUUUCAUCCUCAUUCUGCAGGGGAAGGUGGAGGUGGAGGCAGGGAAGGAGGGAAUGAAGUUUGAAGCUGGGGCUUUCUCCUCGUAUGGGAUGAUGGCUCUCACCGCUACUCCAGUUCCUCUCUCCCUGUCUCGUACCUUUGUGGUCUGUAGAGUUGAGUCUGUUGCUGGAUCUCCAGAAAACAAAUCGCCCCCUCGGUCAUUUGGACUGAACCAUUCUGACUCGUUAAAUCGCAGCGAGCGUAUUGAAGCCAUCACACCGUCACUGGGCAGCAGUAACCACCAGCUCAAUGCCUUCCUGCAGAUAUAUGUGCCGGACUAUUCUGUCAGAGCUGUGUCAGACGUACAGUAUAUUAAGGUAACGCGCCAGCAGUAUCAGAACGCCGUCAUGGCAUCAUGCAUGGACAAGACGCCACAGUCCUCAGAGAGCGAGUACACCAAAAUCGAAAUGACUUUGACAGAGCUCCAUGACGGAGUGGCCGAUGAAACCACCACUCUGUUCAACCAGACACAGAACUGCGUGGCCCACAACAAGACGAACCACACAGGCCACAGCGAAGGAGCCAUCUAGCCCUCAGUGGGGUGGUGGAGCGAAGCGGAUAGCAGAACCCUGGCGCUGCUCACCACCCCAAACCACUGUAACCUGAGUGCACUACUACCACGGCCUGAGCUUGGGUUGACCCAAGGCAACAGGCGGUCCAGUCCCAUUAAUUCGGAUAAACCACAGCGUUUAUGUCCCCCAGACCAAAGAGUUUGGAGGAUGGACAUUUCUGUGCUCUGACGAGCCCCUCCAGCUAUACUCGAACUGCCCCGUGAUGUUCACAAACACAAAAGAAACACUCCAGACAGAUGCUGUAAUAGGAUAAAUCAAAGACUGUUCCAAAUACUGCUUUGAAGGAAACCGUGAACCGAGAGCAUUCUACUCACAUAUUUAUUUAUUUUGUAUGCGUUUGUACAUACGUGCAUGUCUGAGGAUAUAAUUGUCGGCACAUUGCAAACACCUGUCUGUAAAUUGUGUAUGUGUGUGCCUCUAUGAGUGUCACUGAUAUCAUGCACAUGCUAUAUAUAAAUAGUUACAAAUACAUCAUUGUAUAUGUAUCGGUGAGGGUCUUUUACAUGUAUAUUUCAGAAAUGAUUAUUUUUAUUGUUCUAAAUCUGGUAUAUCCCACAGUACCUUUU